AUGGAAAACUACAGCUACAACAGCUUCAUGCUCCAGAUGGAGGGGUUAAAAGUCGCGCAGGAUUCAACAUACACAGUUUUUUUCCUCCUCUUUAUUUCCUACGUGUUUAUUAUGAUACUGGAUGUGGGUAUUUUGGUGAUAAUCAUCCUUGACAAGAACCUUCACCAGCCCAUGUAUCUGCUUUUUUGCAACCUGCCAGUCAGUGACAUCAUUGGUACGACUCAAAUUUUGCCCCGUGUGCUUUCAGACAUCUUGCUGCCUCCAUCUGAGCGCAUCAUCAGUUACUACGAGUGUGUGGUCCAGGCUUUCACCGCGCACAUCUUUGGCACCACGUCCCACACGGUGCUCAUAAUCAUGGCUUUUGACAGAUACGUGGCCAUCUGUCAUCCUCUGCGCUACACUGCAGUAAUGACCAACGCCAUGAUGGUGAAGCUGACGGUUUCCGCCUGGGGAGUGCCCUUCGUGCUGGUGGCGUGUCUGUUGGGUCUGACCGUCCGGCUGAACCGAUGCAGAACUCUGAUCACAAGCCCAUUCUGUGACAACGCCUCGUUGUUCAAGCUCUCCUGCGAGAGCUCUCUCAUCAAUAACAUCUAUGGCCUCACGUUCACAGUGCUCCUGUUCAUUGUCUCGAUCGGCAGCAUGGUCCUCACCUACGCUAAUAUCGCAGCGGUUUGUCUCAGGAGUAAGAGCAAGGCCUUGAACAAUAAGGCCUUGAAGACGUGCAGCACUCAUCUGGUGGUGUACCUGAUCAUGGGCCUGAGCGGGAUCACUCACAUCACGCUGCAUCGCUUCCCUCAGCUCUCAAACUUCAGAAAACUUUCUGCCAUUCUGUUUAUAAUUAUUCCUUCCAGCCUCAACCCGAUCAUCUAUGGACUGCAGUCCAGGGAGAUGCGGAAGUUCUUGUUUGACAUAUUUCACUCUAAAAAGUGUUGGCCGUCACAUAAAAGUAUGCAAUAA